AAUCUUGAAACUUUUCAUUUUUCUCUUUCUCUCUCCCACUUAUUGGUCUGUUGCAGACUCAAGAACUGCAGAGCGAGAAGGUCUUAUGGAAAAUGGAUGGACGGGACAAGCGAGGUAAGAGUAGGGUAAGCAGAGUAAUGUAAGAGACGGAGACGAGCUUGAGCGGCAGCAGCAGCAGCAGCCUGACAAAUCAUGUACACCCAUGGACAGUCACGGAUUCAGGCUAGGUGUGCCUAGGUGGCAGAGUGGAGGCGGAGACGAAGAAGGAAACAACUUAAAAAGAAUAAGAAUGGUAGAAGGAAAGAAUAAGUAAGAAGAAGAAGUUGAGAAAGACAACGAGUGACAAGAGCUGGGUUUUACGGAGAGUAAGGAACAGCCAGACGAAGACGAAAAACAAGUAUAAGAAGUGGGAGAAGUGUGCGAGCAGUUGAUGGCGACGAUGUACAACAGUGUGAUGUGUUGUUGGAUCACUGUGAGUUUGUUACUACUGUGAUACUGGCUCCGUCGUUUCAGUGGUGCGUUAAAUUUAUAUUUUAUAUAUUAUUAUUUUGUUUUAUUUUAAUAUUCUGUUAUUAAAUAGUGAUAAUUGUUUAUUUAUCAAUAUAUUAUUAUUGAUAAAGUGUAGUUACUGGUGGUGUUUAUUGAUGAUAUAUGGUUAUGAAAAAAAAUAUACAUAUAUAUGAAUAUAGUAUAUAUAAAUAUUUAUAAAUAUAUUUGUGUUUAUAAAUGUAGUCUGUUGUAGUUUUGUUGGUUAAAACACUUGAGUACAUAAAAUAGUCAGGAGUCAGGAGUGGCUGGGAAUCAGAAACAGCAGCAGCAGACGUUGCCAGGAGCUAACCAGACAAACGCAUUCGUACGUAAAAGAGUGUAUAUAAGAGAGUAGAGCCAGAGAGUCGCGUUUUUUAUUCGCGUCGUCGUGGUACGCGCCAUGCGCAACCCGUGCCGUCCUAACUACUCCUCUGGUUACAACAACUGCUAUCCAACAAGAAGUUGACGUUCACGGUCUCAAGUUUAAGACGUGAAUUUAAAAAUGAGCUUGGAUAGACGAAUAUCCGAAGAACCGUGAUCGGGGUGAUAACAGCCUCGGACGUCGAAGAUAAUAAAAUAAUAACGUCGAAUAUUGUUGAGGUGAGGCGCCCGUUUUACUUAAACACGGACGCCAGCACCGCGUGCCAUCAGUCCUUACAGACAUCGCCCUCGCCGUCGGACAGAUUUGGUUUAGCCAUGUCCACUAGGAAGCGGCGAGGAUUGAAAUAUAGUUUAGCUGAAAGAAAUAAGAAAAAAAUAUCACUUUACAGCUACGAUAGAUAGGAUGAAUAGAUCUCGGCGGAACGAAGCCCGUUACUUCAAUGAGAAUUCCCCUAGACCACCGGUCCCCGGAGAAGAGACAGAGUCCUACGUCGGCAGGUAUUACUCGCAAAGUCCGGCUCUGACACCUAGACGUUCAGCUCUAGGUAGUCACCUGGCCACGUCAUCUUGCGAUGCUUCAGCGCCGCUUGGAUUCGAGCCGGAGGGUUCCUGUGGUAUUAUGGAGACAAACUCACCUCCGGCAUGUCUGCGAUGGGCACGCAGUAUACAAUCAUUGCUAUUAGAUCGAGAGGGGCUUCAUUUAUUUAGAAGUUAUGUUACUGAAGAGGGGAAUCAGAAUGAUAUUUAUGCACUGGAAUUUUGGUUGGCUUGUGUGGGUCUCAAAGAGCCGCAGAAUGCUGAUAAAACAUCUCAACUGGUUAAAGCUAUCUACAGAAAGUAUAUUGUUAAAGCGCAAUUGGAAAUACCUGAAGAUGUUAAAAAAGAAACGAAGCGGCGUCUCAAAGAGACCUGGCCCGAAGAAAACAUCUUUGAUAAUGCCCAGCUGGAGGCCGAGCAUCUGAUGGCAAGGACGUCAUAUCCGAACUUUUUGCAAUCGGAUAUGUACCUCCAGUAUGUCCAAGCUUGCCAAAAUCCAGAACAAGCCGGUGGUUGUCCCAGUUCGAGCUCAAGCCGGGAUAUUUCAUUGUCAUGUGGCCCGAGUUUGCUUCCAACUCUUCACGAGGACACCGAGUAUCAUUCUAUUCAACAGCAUAUAUCACGUUCUGCGUGUGAUACACCCAGUGAAUUAAGACUGACCAAAGACGUAUUGAUGGCAACCCAAAAAACGAGGGCUUUGGAUGUGAGACCUAAGCCAGAAGCUUAUGCUGGUUUGUUUGGCAUUUAUGUGUGGCAUUUAAAUAGAACAUACUUGCAACCUGGAACUAGUCCCUACCAUAUGUCAACAAAAGGACGUGUUCAAUACUCGUCAUACAAUCCAGUGUCGAGGCAGGACUCGGAGCUACAAAGUUUGAGCAGUGAUGCACGUACCGAGUCAGACAAUUUAUCCAUUACCGAUUCGAUGGUAGAUGGGAUGUCAACGGGACGGCCUAAAAGUAGUAAAAAACAGUUCCUAAGACACAGUAGAGCAAUUAAGGAAUCAGCAAGUUUAAAUCGAGAUCCAUUGCUCCAUACGAUGAUACCGCGAACAGAUCGUGCGUCGAAGGAGCUUACAAAGCCGCCUGAUCCUGAGAGAUUUGCUCAAGAGCUUUUUACAAGACUGGAAUUGCUAAAACGCCAGAUUGAUAAUGAAGAAAAACUUAAGAAUUUGUCGAAGGAUUCGUCGGUUGAAGAAACGGAUCCUAGUAUGCAUACUGAUACCAGAAAAUUAGCGGACGCAUUAUGUCAAAAACUCAGUAUAGAUGACGAUAAUGACCAGGAUAUUCUUGACCAGCAUGUCUCGCGUGUCUGGUCGGAUCCAACUCCCUCGAGGUCGCCGGGUAUCGCUUCGCCAAAGUCAGCCGGACACAAUUACUCACGGUCACACAAACAACGUAAAGACAAAGAUGGUUACUCGACCUUCUCCAUUGACAGUGGUAAUAUUCAUGAUUUUGCCGAGGGCGAUUUCGCGGGUGCUAGCUCAUUAAGUUCAUCGACUACUCAUUUGCCUAAAUCAAAGUCUGUGCCUUCUGAGUUUGCUGAUUGUCUUCAUAAACCAGAUCUUUAUCUUCAAGGUCAAGAUCAAAGAUUUCGUAGAUCUGAUAUGUCUCGAAGAUCAGCGACUAAGAAAUCGUUGACGGAAUUGACGGACAGUGGUGUUAGUGUUGUCAGUGCUAGUAUUGAUGUUCCUGCUGCUAGUAAAGAUUGUCGAACACAGUGGCGUAACCAAUUAGAAAAGAAGAAUGAACUGAAACACAUGAGACAUGGUAAAAAAUAUGGUUCACGCAGUGGCUCUCUGGAAAGAGCUAACCGAGAAGAAUGGGGUGGCCGUGCGCAACCAUUUCUGGGUGAUCCAGGAAUGCCAUUGCUUCCUCAACCUCACAUUCCAACGCAACUGGAGGAGGCAAAAAGACGAUUACUCGAGGAAGAUAGAGCACGUGGUGGGAGUAGUAUGUACUCACCGCCUUCAAGUUCAGUGGGAUUCAAUCGUCGCAUGGCACCAGCCUAUAGACAAUCUCAUGAUUCAUCAUGUAGCUUACAACACCAACCACCACAACCUCCACAAGGUCCAAAUCCAUCGAAUCAAUCCACUUUACGUAAAAGCCGUCAGGAUGUAGGAGAUUUCACCAUUGUAGUGUUCAAUUUUUGUGACGAAUCAGUUCCUUAUAGAACUAAAAUUCCAGGACAUAAUGUUACUUUAAAGCGAUUCAAAGAGUUCUUGCCGAAAAAAGGAAGCUAUCGGUAUUUCUUUAAAACAGAAUGUGAAGAUCUGGAUACAAAGGUAAUACAAGAAGAAAUAACAGACGAUUCCGAAGUGUUACCGCUGUGGGAAGGCAAAGUAAUGGCCCAAGUUAAGGCACUUGAAUAACUUAAGUUAUUCUUUAUUAUCAUAAAAAUAUUUAUUCUCCGACUGUACAGAUAUAUAUAUAUAUAUAUAUAUAUAUAUAUAUAUAUAUAUAUAUAUAUAUAUAUAUACAUAUAUUUUUUUGUUUAUAAACAAAAAAAGAUAAGAAACAAUUUAAAUGUUCCAGUCAAAAUUAUCGUAUAGUUUAAUUUUAGUUACUGAAAUAAUUUUUAAUUGUUUAUGUUAUAUUUUUUAAUUAUUUUUAAUUGUCAAUUAUGUAUUCAUAUAAACAACAGUGUAACUCUUCCAGAGGCUUCCCAUAGAUUUUUCCGGCCAAAUGUACAAAAAAAGCCUGCGUAGUGAUGUCAUGAUAAAAGUCUACUAAUACUUCAGUAGACAAAUUUUAUUAAUGCGAUAUAGGCAAUAAGUUUUUAUGAAUAUUACGUAUAUUACUUUGUAUAUUUAUUAUUUCCAUUAUUAUUAUGUUUAUAAUUAUUUUUACUAUAUUAUUAGAUGAAAUUGUUAGUAUCCGUAAUUUACGUAAUAUUCAUUAUUGACAAAUGCAAUUUGCGUUUCAUCGUGCCACAAAAAAUCUUUCAUUUAAAAAAAAAAAUAUCAUUUGUAACAUAUAUUCAUAUAUAUAUAUUGAAACAAAUUAACGAAAUGAAUAAAACGAUAACGCAAUAAUUGUGUGGGCGGCAUCCUGGGGAACAGAUUAUUGAAUAGUCAAUAAUCAUAACGACGUUUUAUCAGGUGCGAUUAAAAAAAAAAUGUGCCUUUUAGUGUAAUAAGAUUGAUCUAAGACUUAGUAAAAAAAUUAAGAAAAUUACUUACGGACGCGAGUUAAAUUUUUAGUUUUUAUUAAUAUUAUUAUUAUUAUUAUUAUUAUUAUUGCUAUUAUUAUUAUUAUCAUCAUUAUACAUAUAAAUAUAUUCAUACGGUUCCUUGAUCAUUUUUUUAUCGUACUAUUAAUUAGUGAACAAAAUUUUUUAUACGUAAGUUUUAUGUAAUUUAAAUGUAUAAUUUUUUGUUUAAAUUCUGCACCGUUACAGUUAAGUUAAUUGAGGAAAAACUGAAAGAGAUCAAUUCAAUUAUUAAUUGGUGCUACUACCGAUUGUAAAGUACAUAAUAUCCUAAUGGAUAUUUUAUUAUUGAACAUAUAUUGAGUGUUUUUUACUAAAUGUUAUUUCCAAUUGUUUUUUAAUUGUGGAAAUACAAUUAUAAGUGAAGUAAUUUUCGAUUAAUUAUUAAUUAAUUACUGAAUUUCUAAAAUCUUGGUUAAUUUUAUUUUUUUUUGCGUUACCAAGAUUCCAUUUGUAUAGAUUGAUUAUAUAAAGAAAUUAAAAUAAACAAAAUAAAUGACACAACGAAGUUAUUGCUUCGUUUUAAAUUAA